AUGCUGAACCCUGACCUGGACCUGAUGAAGUUUGAUCAACGAGUUUAUGCAAACUGUGUGAAAUGGAGAAAUGUAAUUGUGUUUUACACCGAGGCAAAUGGACAAGGAGCACUAAGCCAGACUGUUGCCAGAAAUGUUGUUUUAGGAGUGCGUACUUCAACUCUGGCAAUGGCACAGUUGCCUUACGAUGAGCGGUCUGAGUAUGUGUUUGCUGUUGAGAAGUUCAGAAAUGCAAAAAAAUCUCUUGCAGCCUUGGCUGAUCAGUGUUUUGGAGCCCAGAAUCCUCUUGUCAAACUGCAGCUUCAGGCAGAAGAACGAGGAGUGGUGUCAAUCAAAGGUGUAAACGCGAAUCGCUUUCUGGCUAUGAAGGAGGAUGGCAGAUUGCUGGCCUUGAAAUGUGCAACGGAAGAAUGUUUCUUUUUUGAGCGUCUGGAAUCUAAUAACUAUAACACUUAUCGAUCCCGGAAAUACUCUGAUUGGUACGUGGCACUGAAAAGAACUGGGCAGUACAAACCUGGACCAAAAACUGGACCUGGACAGAAAGCUAUCCUUUUCCUUCCUAUGUCAGCUAAAAGCUGA